CUGUUCGCCUGUGUAUUUCCCGGAAGGGGUUGGUUAGCAACGUCACGGCCUGUGUAGGCCUGCAGUUGCGGUGGAAACAAGGGGAAGAAGACUCUGGGAAGAAAAAACCCAAAUUCCUGCUGAUAUCUAACAAAGGUAAAGUGGAUCAGCGGAAAAGAAGGAAACAGGAAGGCAUUUAAGAUCUAAGAGAUGACCAGCUCACCUGCUUCUAGAUUUGUUUCAAAUGGCAAGAGGAACACCAGCCCCCGGUCCCCUACCAACACUGGCGAACUCUUCACUCCAGCACAUGAAGAAAACGUUCGAUUUAUAUAUGAUGCAUGGCAGUGUGUCCUGAGAGACCUUGCGUCGUCCAGUGACCGGAGUGAGAGAGGACCCCAGCAGUAUGUUGAGAAGACGACGAACCCUGGGCUUAACACAUUUACUCCUGUUGACUUGAGUGAUGUAAAGAGACGGAACACACAGGACUCCAAGAAAUCUUAAGAAACGUGUGCCUGCCUGGCCGGGUCCCAUUGCUCUCCUUAGACAGUCCUUGGGAGAUUUAUUUUCUAAUGAUAUUCUCAGUCUCCCCCCCCCCCCCCCC